AAAACGAUGGAAUCUGGCUCGGAAGAUAAAAUAGCUGGAGGCGAUAAAAUAGCUGGAGCUUCGUUUUUGGUGUUCCAGUCGCGAUGAGACGGACGCGUGCGUCGCGACGCGGUGACACGUACACGUCGUGUGUCGCGCGUCCCCCAAGGAAAAUUAUGAGCCGAGCCUGGACACUCUAUCCUGUCUUUGUCAUCCUCUUUCUGUUCUCGCGAAUCACCCUGUCUACGAGACAUUUCGUGCUCGCUUUUGUCCUCUCGUUCUUCUUAUACCUCUUUGCUCGCGACCCGACGACGGUCGCUCGCGAUGGAACUUAAGAAUGAAUUCCAGAUCCUUUGAGCGCAAGAUUUUUCUUGGUAUUCCAGUUUCGUGGCGCUCGGCAAGAAACGAUUCGGGAAGUCUGUUUCUUCGACGAGCGUCUCUAUCUUUUUGAUCGUGUUGCUUGGAUUUAUUGUGGCUAUAUGUAUAGGGAGCACGAUCAACUAUGCAUUCCGAAAAAAGAGUUCGCGUUGAAUUGACUUUUCAGGGAACAAGUUGAUUUCGAGAAUUUAGGAAGAGAAGGUCACGAGAAACCUUGGCAUGCGUCGAGACCGAUCACUGUCCAACGUUCCGUGACGCGAACAGGCCUCCACCGAAACCACAGAUGCACUUUCGACUUUCGACCACCGUGACAGUGAUCGUUGCUUGACAAACCCUGAAAUAGCUUCCAUAUGCGUAGCCCUAGGGAAACAGUCUUCAAAGUAUUUUCCAUACAUUUCCACAUAUUCUUGAUCGCCCUUUUCCUUCUCCAUGCUCUGUCGCGUGUCCUCCUACCGAUGCACCUUCAACUUUUGCGACGCGAUCAACUCAUUCUUCCUUGUAUGAAUAUGCUGAAACGUUUCAUGAUAGCUAAGUAAGUACGAUAUCUACUUACUAUGUUUUUCCACGGUAGAAAGGGUUCUUUAAUGGUAAGCGACUUAUUUAAAACUAUUAACUAUUUAGCAGCGAGUCUUUUAUCUUUUUUUUUAGCGAGUUUUUUUCAAAGAAACAUUGUAAUUACGAAGGAUUUAUUUCGUCUAAACGAAUAAAUAAAAAUAGAGAAGAUAUCAGGAAUUUUGAGCGGAAACUCAUUCGCCACCGUUUUCCGAAGAUGCUGUUUCUUUCUCCGACAUUCUUUCGGUCGUUCGUAAACGUGACUGUCGAUUUUCUACAGAAUCUACGGUCGAUUUACUCCGUGUACUCUGCGUUCGACACUAUAUUAAAUUCGUUUUUGCUGCUUUGUGAUCUUUAACUGCGAGUCAUGUUCGAAAGUAGCUCUUGGAAAUAAAGCGUUUCUAUCGCUGGAUAAAGUCGACUUAUUCGAAUAUUUUAUAAUAUACGCGAUCAGUAGAAAAUAAAUGACACAAAAGUUAUAACAAUAAAAAUGGUAUGCUUUCUUGCAAAAAUUUCUAUUCGUCCGAAAGUUUGGUCCUUAACGGAUAGAACUUGUAUCGCGAUCUGUCGUUUGCAGGAAGUUGCUUUUUCAGUAGGAGAAUCGAUUUUCACACCGUGUCCCGGACAAAAAGCUCGUGAAUUUACGAUAAUUACCUAACGACCAACUUCCGAAUUCUUCUUUCGAAUUUGCCUGUUGUCGGUCGUAUAAGCAUCAGCGUCGAAGGGUGGCAAGCUACGACGCUUAAUGUUCCGUGACGCCUUAAAUCUAACCGUAGAAGGAGACUCUCGUCGCGUAUGUAUCGUGAACAGGGUGACCAGACUAGGGAAAGCCGAAACGUAACUCGUAGACGGCUAGUGGUCAUCGACCACCGUGAAGACAUUCGAUUACGAACGAUGAAAGGAGAUUCGAGGGUUCGCUAAACGGCGCUACGAUCUUUCGACGAACGGACGGUUAAGUUCUCAUCGGCAAAGACGAAACGUUCUCCAACGUCUCUUCUGCGUAUACCUUCAGUUGCUCGAUGUUUCAAGUUGGCGAGAGAGCGAACAUAUCGCUUUUAAAGAAUUUAAAGUUGGCCGAUCGUUCCGGAAUGCAUAGCGAUCGUAAGAAUAUCUUUUCAGCAGCGUAAAUUAGUACUUUUUCUCGAGCGUGCAUGCACGCGGAUACAUCCAAUACCAAAGUCGCGAACAAUAAUCGCGCGGCUACGUAAUAACACGGGCAGGAUAAAUACCGGUGAUAAGAACAUGUAAUUAGGUGGGUGGAUCGAAGUCAAAAGGGGUCUAUGAGUUCUCGCGUUAGCCGGUACGUUGUACGUCCCCUCUCCUACGUUGAUCAGGGUGGUCAACCCUUCGCACACGUUACAAUGAGCAACGUAAUGCAACGUGGAAUAGCAUGAAUGCAUAAUUUGAUUGAAAUCGGUGCGCGGCGGCAGGCCAACAAUGACGAAGUCCGAGGGGGUGGGCACGCCGCGUACGGACUUCACGCUCCGUUAAUCGGGCGCUAAUUUUUCGAACCCUUUCGUUACGUCGUGGUAGGUGGACGUUGGUUGCGUAGACAUCUAAAACCUUUUCUUCGUUUUAGGAAAAAAUCGUUUCCGAAAUCGAAUUCUCCGUCAUGUCGCGUUAAUAUUUCGAGAAUACGGUAUUGUCGUUUUUAGCGAAAAUAAAGUCCGUUUACGGAAAGAAAAGCGUGAAAUUACGAUGAGAAGAAGCGAGUUACGAAUCGCAACGACGAAUCGUGUUCGCGUUAAGAAACAAGCCCGACGACAGACCACGGGCCAAGGGGUAUCCCGUGUAAAAUUAUCUUCCUUCGGUCGUCGGAGAAGCGAGCAAGAAAAGUGGGAGAGACGGUAGAAAGAAUGAGAAGAACGAUCGAAGCAGCGGGUUUUCCACCCGCUUCGGUGACGCUUCCUCCGCCUAAUUGGCACGAAUGACGCACGACCCUUGUAAUUGCUCGAACGAAGCGAAGUAACCGAAGGAUGAUAUGUUUCUUCCUCCCGUGAACUGCGUCCGAGUUUUCCUCGUUUUUCUUCGAAACGGUCGUCGUUGACGAAUCACGUGUUUUCUCUCGUUUCGUCAACUUUAACGUUCCGAGAUCAUUCGGACUUCACUGAUUUAAUCGACGCGUCGAAACUUAUUUCGAUCGCCAGACACGAUCCGUUCGCCUCUAAUGGUUCGCCAUAUGGCUGGGACAAACGAGACGUUGCGAAAUCAUUGCCCUUCAUUUUUUAAGCGAGUCGAUCGAUCGCGAGUGUUCUAUGGAGUCAUCGUUUUCAAUGUAACCAGUGGUUUCUUUUUGUUAUGCUCCUCGGUUCGAAUAAAUUGUUCUCCGGUGACUGGAUGUAUUUUUUAUAAAUCGUACAAAGUGCUUUGCUUUCGAGUGCAAUCGUAUUAAAUUAAAGUAGAUCGUCGUUUCGAUUAAACGUGUAUCGAAGUAACGCGAAUGUAGUUGCCGUAAAUUGUAAUUGUAAAGAAGCGUUCGCGGAACGCUGCAAAUUCAACUGUUUCCAGAAUUGCCUCGAAGGGAAGAAGAAAACGGUAACGCCUGUGCGCGAUCGUGUACUGGGAUAAAGCGAUACAACGACGAUGAAUAGCUAAAAUGACAAUGACAGGCUUGAUUCGAGAACGAGGGCUCAUUAUCGAGUCCUUGAUUCUUCUGCUGGUUGGACCUCCCGUCGCGAACACGGACUAUUUUCUUCGUCUGCCUUUCCACGCGUUUCUUUCCUUUCUUCCUACCCUUCGUACGCUCCUCUACAAAUUCCUUUUCCGCGUUCUAUCGCUUUUAAUCCGACGUUGACGUUUGAAAACGAAUAUCGAACAUACUGGUAAAUAAAUUAGGUAACUCGACGUGCAUUUCAGUUAUUCCCACGCGAUUAGGCUACUAUUUUCUGACCCGUUUUCACGCGUCCUUCCAUCAAUCCUCCUCCACGAUAUCUUCGGCUCACUGCCACCGCCGACUCUUGGCAGUUACCCAGUUGGGGGUGAAAUAUAUAUUACCAAACGCUUGCUGCCCUCGUAAACUACGCCUAAUAUACUUUGAAUCGAACGGAAAUCGAGGUCUAGGAACGCGUCGUUUCCGAAGUUUUACGAAUCGAGAAACGUAAUAGGUGCGGUCAUUACUUAAGAUAUUAGUUAUUUAGAAAACGAAGAAUAUUGUUCGAGUUAACGAAGCGAUUGAAUAAGGUAUUAAUACCUAUUCGGUCGUUUAGGCGUUAAAAAAGGAGUAGCGAGAGUUAAGAAAAAGAGAGAACUACUCUGGACGAGCUGCAAGUUCUUCGUCUUUUUCGACGUCAACGAGGCUCUGAUUUACUUCCGUUCAGCCAGCGAACCUCGAAUAGAACCGUAAUAGCUUUUGGCAGUACAAUCAAAGGUUUUUGCUUUUCUUGUUUAUUCGUGAGGUGAUACGGUUCGCGGCACUUCUCCCAGUCCAGCUUUAUUUUCGUAACGGAAGCGGGAUCGUCGUGUUCGUAAGUCGAGAAGAAGCUCCCAUGGGAGGUAGCUUUGCUAACCGUCUCCUUCGAUAUGUCCCAUCACAGAAAGAGAUAGGCGUACUCGAGCACGUGUGCCAUUCGACGAACCGCGUACUUUUUUCUAUCUUUUCCAUGAAUCGAUAUUCCUCUGGAUAGCUAUGCAAAUGUUGGGAGGAAAUACUUUUCGAUAAUUUUAUUUCCUUUAUUUAUUAAUAGUCGAAAUUAUAGCUUACAUUUACACGAUUACAAUUAACGACAUAGAAGAUUUACAAAGAGUGAACGGAUUAACGAGUUAAAAAAUGUUUGCUACACGUUAAACAGAAUACGUACGACGUUUCCCUGACAAUUAUCGAAGCGUUCACGGCAAUACACUUUGAGCAGCACCUGUGUCCAAAGGUGCGAUAAUGAUCAAAGUGCUCGAGUUUCUCGAGUGAUUUUUGAAAAUUAGUCCUGUAGGUUGACUUUGAAAGGAUCCUUUGAUUCGCAACCCUUUCAUCGCGAAUACAACGUACAGACUCUCGUGUAACGUGAAAAGCCUGAAGAGGGGUCGAUAAUAUCUUCGAGUCUGGGACAGUAUUUGAAAACAACCCCUUCGUGAACGAUCUCUCGAAUCUCUCCGGGAAAGCCUGCUUGCUGCUUUUGUGGCUACCGAGAUGUACGUACGUUCGAAACCGUUUCGUCGAUAAAUUCUUUUUCUGAAAUUAGGGUCCACGGAUGUUAAAAGGGGAGGCCGAACCCCUUUCGAUCCUCGAAAUAUCCCUUGUGAAUAACCGAGGAACGAAUCUUCCAUUCUUUCCGAUCGAAUUCGCGAGGCAAUUUUUCGAUUAAUGGUGACCCGAUGAUAUCUAGAAAUCUCGAUCUCGAGCACCGUAUUUUUACAGAUUCGGCGUGCAAGAAAUUCAAAACGAAAGCGACCAACGAUGCUCUGCUCAUUCUACGGAAUAGUUAAUUCGCUAAUCGUUUCUCUACAGGGUUACGAUCGCGUGGCUUUACCGCAAAAUGUCGACAAUUUUUUUGAAAAACUAAGUCUCCCGCUGGAUUAUGUGUCACGUUUUGUGCUCACGAAUACCCGUCACCCUUCAAUCGCGAUUAAUUUGAUCGAUAAAAAGCUUGCAGCCAGCACACCUCGCACGAAAUUCUAAUCUCUCGAUCGAAACAGACGUCUCUACCCUCUACAGCUUUGACUUCGGUUCUCCGCCCAAAUGCGUUUAAUCGAAGUGUCAUUUAAUUAACUUUUAUAACGCCGAUAAAACAAAUAAGGUACAAAGAAGGAGAACGUUUACGAAAAUAUCGGACGUUGCUCGUGUCGACCACAGGUAUUUCUUUAUGAAAUUUCGUCGGAUAAUAGCGUGAAUCGUUCGCGCAACUAGACGAUGCCGAGCAUAAAUUAGGAUCGAUCGGCGUUGUUGCAGUCACGAAGGAUUAACGAGGUUACUACUGGAACGAAGCAUGAAUCAGGAUUACCACCUGCCAGGAUUUAUGAUCUUGCGCGCUGUUCCGUCAAGCGUUACUUUUCGCCAACGGGACAGAACCGAAAUCAAGUAUACAAAUAUACAGUUUCAUCGGCGGUCGACUACUGCUCAAAUGCACAGUUAUCGCACUGUGAAUUCGGUUAAAUCGUUUUGAAAAUGUUUUUAUUGUUUUGCUUGACUGACCAGAGAGUAAAAUCAUAUUUUUACAUGGAUCGAUUCGAUUAUCGAAGGUGGAGCAGGGAAAAAGAAAAAUAUUACGGAGGAACGAGAAGGCGGCCGCUUUCUGAAAAAAGGGUCGGGUCGGCUUAACGGUUCAGAAAUAAAGCAACAAUACACGAUUAGGCCAUCGAGGGGAAUCCGUCUUCUACCUUGUACCGCGUUUCUAAUAAAUAUUUUUCCGCUUUUUCUUCCUUCAUUGUUUCCUUGUCAUCCUGACAUGUUUAUAUUCUGUGUUCCGUAAUUUCAUGGACUCGUGCGAAAUUCUACUAACUUUAAGUUACAAGUUACAAAUUAACUUAGCGCUAAUUUGAUCCCACACGAUCGAACAGAACAGAAAAAUUCACCCCUUAGUUUUGUAUAGGUCGAUACGAAUAAUUGUCUCGAUCGCUAAUAAUUCUUUACUGCAGCUGCUUUCAGUUUUGCUUUACGUUGCUCGUACAUUUAUUAUUCUUGCAGCUGCGUUAUUAAUUAUUCUUGAUUUUCGGCCGGUGUUUAGUCAACUCGACCACCACGUUCGUUGUCCCUUUCGUAAACGAGGCGAACGUAUUUAGUCGUUUUCGAGGGGGCGAUUCCGAGGGACGGUAAUAAAGAAAAUUGAAAAAGUUUGAAUCGACGUCGUUCAUGGAACGCGUUAUUCGUCGAUUUCUACGCGCGUUACAGAAAGAAAUAUUCUCAUAAAGACGUCAAUCAUAUUUUCAGCUUGCUCCGAGGCUAAGGGAGGAUUUCGAGGAACGAAUUGAAUCGGAUCACGGUCGGUUCAGGAACGAUAGUUUUUGGUAACGAGAAGGGCAAACAAGGACGUAUUUUGCGAAACCUUCUCGACAAAGGACGGAACGUCGUUUAGUAAACUGUUAGAUGGGUAGACGUGGGAAUUUAAAAAGUACAAUUUCGAAUAGUUCGACACCGAAAGGAGAAAAAAAGAAAGCAAAGUGGAAGAAAAUAGAGAAGCAACAUCUCCCUUCUAUGAAGCCCAAUCGCCUACCCACGAAAAAAGGAACUCGUCGAAUCGUUUCCAGUCCCGCGAUUUCGAACAAUCGACCGUCGCUUUAAUUUGGCGAACGCACCCUUCGUUUUCGUUUUAGAAAAAUUCGAGGAAAACUAGGGUGACGCGUCGGAACGCGUGUACUCGUGCAGUCUUCUCUUCGAGCCAGCGUCGUAGAAUAGGCGCGACAAAAAAAUUCUUCCUUUCCCCUGCUUUUUUUCGAUUCGAGCAACGAAAUCGUUAAGAAAAUGUUUUUUUACGCGUGACGCGAUGUCGAUGAAAAUGUUAGCUUUAUAACAUUAAUUGUAAAUAUUAUAUUUCCAGGUAUUUCCGAAAUUCCCGAAGAAUGUAACUUUACGAAAUCUAUACAGAUACGGAGGGUACGCUUCUUGUUCGUUCAUUAGUUAGUGAUCGGGUUCCGAGUAAGAGUCAAGAGGUUCCGUUGUCUUGGACUUUCUUUGUUCGAUCGUGGAGCGUUGCAUUAAAGAGCGCGGUAAAACGAUCUGCCUCUAAUUAUGAGCGAGGACAUGCGGGGCCUUGUGUUUGCAUCGAAAUUCGCCAGCAGCUAUGAAACCGCUCCAUUCUCCUGGAUCCCUGUUCGGGAUAUUCUUUCUUGCACGAUCCGCUGUUGCGCGCUAGCUCGUACGAGCACCUACGAACGCAGCUGUCCCGCAUCUCCGGGGUCGUGAAACGGUUCCGAUUUCGUUCCAACGUUCCUCCGCUUUUCUGUCCUUUUCCGCAUCGCGGAUUUUUCGCUUUCUUUCGUAGUCGCGACGGAACACUACGCUACCGCUACGUCCAUUAACGCCGGUUCGUCGACGAUGCGCUCCGUCGCAACGACCGAGCACAUUACAGUUUCUACUUUUGCGAAUGUCGGUUUUUCUUUUUUUAUCGGAACGACGUUCGAUCGACGAAACGAUAAAUUCGUCAAAGGAUCGAGAUCGUGCUCGAAACGUAAGUCGGAGCGAGGAAAUAUAGAAAGAGAGGUAACGCGUUCUUUCUUGGCACGUGCGGGGGAGUAUACAAAAGAAUCCGGUCUUUGCAUCGAGACCUCUGUACAACCGACAGACGAUUGUUUCUUUGAAAAGUAACGGUCGACAAAAUUAUUCGGUCCUCGAGAAAGAUCGCUCGUAGACAUUGUUGUUGCCGAUUAAUUGUCAAAUUCGUAUCAGAGAAUUUUUACUCGAGGGGAUAUUGCGAUCGAGGAAAGCAAAGUUUAGGUAACCGCGGCACGAUAGCAGCCAUUUCGCUUUAUUAAGUAAUUUCUUUUGACACGCUAAACGAAGCGGAUCGUUUUCGGAGUUGCGUGAACACGGCCCCGUUUGCGGUAUACCUCGGAAAUCGACUAUCCUGACCAGACAAGGAUUUCAACGUGGUCGGACGUAUACACGUGCCUCGGUCGAACAACGACGGAUCGAACCUUUUCUGUAGAGGAAACGACCGUGAGAUUAGGAAUCGCGCCAAAGGUCCGCCACUUUGACGCGGAUUCGAGGAAACUUUGUAAACAGUGCCGAACGGUUGGAUCUAGGAGGCUGGGUGACUGUCUCUUGGGUCUUUCGAUGGCUAGACUUUCUCUUUCCGCACGAACACAGAUGUAUUUUCAAGUAGCUCACUGAAACGUGCAUUGAAUUUUCUAGCCUAUACAGUGCACGGUACACGACGUUUCGAUACUAAUAUAUCAUUCGUGAUCUCGAGUGAUUUCCUUCCUCGUGUUGAGCAUAUGGUACCAUUUAUUUGGAUCAUGAUAUCGCGACGAACAUUUUUGAUGGAUCUUUAUCUUUAACUUACUUUCGAUAAGCCUCAUAUAAAUAUGUAUAAAAGAAACGAAAGGAAUCAUACGACUUAGCGAGUCGAUCGAAGCAGGGAGAACUCGUAGCUAUGUGUCACACCUAGUUUGCAUUUUGCAGGUUCUGCCCACCGAAUUGCGUACCAUGCCGGCAAACACGAUUUAUUACUAUUCGAAAGUUAAAAAUACGAAAAGGGAGUAUAACUCGACGAUAGUCCCGACUAAGAUUCAUUAGCCGGAUAUUCGGUUAACGAUAGGAGAAAAAUCGAUUGGCAAGCAUGGUACAGCGGGCAACGGAAAAGCGGGCGAAGCAAGGAACGAGGCAAGAAUCCGUCCUGUCCGUGACAGAGGAAAGAUCUUUUUUAUCGCAAAGAUCUUUGCCAGCGUCCGGCUAUCGGUGCCUAACAUUCCGAAGGCUAGCAAUCUCGAGAUCCCGAGACACCCAUCGUCACCCACCAGCGGAUCAUCGAGCGUCCACCUGGGGCGAGUGGAGUGGAGCUGGAGAGCAUAGUUUGAGUGGCUGGCGUGGUCAGGUCACGAUCGCUUCGGAGUGGGGGACAUAGGUAGAGAGUAUAGAGCAAGAGAGAGCCGGUCUCUCCUGUUUCGUAGCCUCACCUACGGACCCUUUCGUACAUAAGGCCCACGUUCUUACCCCACCACGUCAGUCGAGAAGCAGCCGUUCAAGUGCCACGUACCGACACCUCGGUACCGCGUUGCUGUGCCUUUUAUCGUGAAUCGCGUUUCAACCUUUCCUUCCAUUUUCUUUUCGAACGUGCGAUCGCGAUCGCGGAUUAUGUGCCGUCAAGUUCUGAACUGUGCCUUCAUAACUCGUGACUGACAUCGACAGAUCCUGUAUUUUGGAUGUACCAACUGAAAUCUUCUGGUUCAAGGACACGCGCGGUGAGUAGAGCCUGUUUUUCUCUCGACUCCGGCUCUCGAUCCCUUUCAGCUUUCGGCUUUUGCCGAAGGUUCCUUCCAGAGGCUCGACGUAGCGAAAUUAUUUGAAAAUAACGACCUUUAUUCGUCCGUCGAAAAUCAAUCGUUUCGGACAAAGACAGGAAAGCACAGGUUAUUUUCAUACGCGCGUUACUCGUUGCGAUCGCGAGUGGUAACAAAUGGUUUUGGUUGCGCGUGUUAGUAUUCGUGUUAACAAUCGAUAUUCGCGCAAGGAGCAAUCGAAGGCACUUUGGUGACCGCGAGAAUCUCAGCCAGCUUUGAAUUAUUAAUGACUCGAAUCGAUAGAAACCCUUCCCGACGGUCGUCGAUUAUCGUAGCGUUUCUCGGCGCCAAUUUUUAUCGCAUAUAUCAAUCGUAUCCUCGGUACGAUCAAUGCGUUCGCGAAAGCGCGCUAGUACUGUCCCUCGGAUUCUUAUCUACUCCGUUUGAAUUUCACAAAAAGUUUCGCUGAAAAUCCAUCGAAGUCUAAAGGGUUUUUAUAUUAGAUAAUUUUACUUUAAUACGAAGCAGUAGAUGACAUAUUUUUAUAUGGUAUAUACCAUAUAGAGUCGACGACUUCGUUCGUCAGCGUAUAUUCUGUUCGCGUGAUCGCGAAACUAGCAGCAUACGCGUAUCGCAUUUCGAUGCGAAUAAGUUAAAUGCUAAAGAAGGGUGAGAACCCGAGUCGCGACUAAAAGCAUGAAACGACAGGGGUAAGGUUUAUCUCGAGGCUACGAGCGUCGAAUUUGGUCGUUGUCCGAACAAAGGCAAGUGCUUUUUAAAAAGCGAUGUUAGAGACUCGUCUAAUUGUGAGACUGUUCGAUCCGGUAGCACGAGUCGCUGCCGAAACGACGAGGAGCGAGCAAAGAAGACGCGAGACGAAGGAGAAACAAGUAGGAGAAAAAAAUGGGAAGGUGAAUACGCGUGGCUCGGGUACAUCUGUCAAAAGGAGGGAAAAAGAAAGAGGCUCGAGGAAAGAGGUCAAAAGGGAAAAAGGAUAAGGGAAGAAGAGGGAGAGAAAAAAAUGAAAAGGACCGGUAACGAAGGAGCCAGCAAGGCUAGUCACGGGUCCCAUACAAACUUUCCUGUCCAAGUUCCAAGGACCCCGUGGGUCCACCUCGAGGAACCUUUUCUCGAGGAUCCCUCUAUUUAAAUGGCCAGGCGUUUGUUCGCCGGGACUCGUUUCGUUCCAUUGUUCCUGCCUUAUUUUCGAGGCGCGUCCUGAAUGUCCGUAGCCUGUUGGCAAAGGGUAAGCAGUCUUCAAACGUACCCCCGACUUUCUUUACAAUUUGCAAAUUCCCAGUUUCAUUUCGAUCGAUCAUUAACCGAAAACGUCGCUCGCCGCACCCUUUUUGGCCUGCUCGCGUCUGACUUUCGGUUUACUCGUUUGUUCGAAUCGCGAAUAGGGGAUCCACUAUUUGUCCGCCGUCUAUUUAAAUAUCGAGUCAUUUCGAAAGUUCCAUACAACGUUUCUAAACAGCGACGAUCUUUAUAGGCUUCUCUCGUUUAUGUCAUCGCGAAUAAGUAUAAUUCGGUGUUGUCAUCGUUCGGUGAAGAAUAGACUCUUAAAGUCGAAGAUGAACUUUUCAGGGUAAUGAGAAUUAUUGUUGCUCCUAGUCGGAAGCAUAAUUUAAAGAGACACGUUUGUACAUUUCGACUAGCGUUCUGCCACCCCCGUUGAAAAGUACGUUCACGUUGCGUACCAACGGGUGGAAAACAUCGGUUACAAGAAGGUCUCGAAGGGAGCCACGAGCAUGGGAAUGCGAAACAGCAGGGACGACAAAACGGGGGGACAGGUGUGCUCCAAAUAGCGCGGAGGCUCUCUCUUCGGGACACGUUUCCUCUUCGGCUUUCCUAUUCCUGCUCCGAUUCUUCGAUCUCUCUUCCCGUUCCCCUCCCUUAGCUUUCCCUUUGCCGAAAAUCGAGCACGUCAGGAACCUUGAAUGCGCGUUUGAUUGUCCUCGACUGGAUCUUUCUUGCGAUAUCCCCCCCUCCUCGUGUGUCUCUCUUUACUAGCUCGCGCGCGUCCGCUCGUCCAACCUUGUUGGCUCGUACUCUACUCGACCAGACACAGACACGGGAUCAUUUCGAGAGAAACGCCACCGAGCGAAAGGUGGUGGCCGGGGUCAAUCCAAUAUAAAUCAGUACCGAUUCUCUGGACUAAGCCGGGCCGAAGAAGCGGAGGAAGGACGGCUUUAAGGGACGCGAAGGGCAAGAGAAGGUAAGGUAAGGUACGGUAAGAGAAGGGAGAAGAAGAAGGCUGUUCGCUGCGAUGAAUAGACUAUUUUUAGGGGCCGCUCGUUCGCGGCUACGGCACAGUCCGUAUACUCCUUGUGCGUGUGUCUGCGACGUUUUCAAAAGGGAUUAGGUACCAAGUGCCUCACCUGCUUCCCCUCCUCUACCUACCUCUCGCCUUCUCAGCUGACGAACAUCUUUCGUUUCGAAAAGCUCCAACUUCUUGACAACCGCUUCUUUUUGUCUCUUGAGAACGCGAAUUCGUCUACGUCCGCGAUCCUAGAAAACUAGGAAGCUAGAAGCUGCACGAUUCGCGAACCAUACGUUCACGAGAAGUUCGUGAUCGUUUUAAGUUAGUAGCUUCGAUAGAUAUACUAGUGUAAAUAUUUGACUACGAGACGAUGACUUUACCACAUAUUUAUCUCCCUCGGUGCUGGGAAAUAGAGUUGACUCUAUUAAAUUCGCGACAAAUUUCCGUUAAUUGCUGCUUAUUACUCGUCUUCGAACCGGGAAUAAUAAUAAUUUUUCCAACGAUUCGCAGCGUUUUGAUCUUUACGUAUCUCGAUGAUUCCCGAAUUAUUAUCCGUUUAAUGGUACGGGUAAGACUAAAAAUUGAUAUUGUUCGGGUUAACCGAAUAUUUGCAAACAUCGACGCGAAAGAAAUUGUUGAGAAGAUUUUUCAUUAACGAAGCUAGAGAACUCGAAACUUUCGAUCGACGGUAAAAAGGAGAGUACGGACGCGUAGAUAAAAGGGGAAGAUACACGGGUGGCUCUUCCUUCGAUUAAUUCCCAUCCUUGAGAAGCGUGCCUCGGCAAAGUCGUUAAAAACAACUUUUGCGGCAUACAUUACGCAGAAAAAGAGAGAAAAAGGGGUUGUCGGGUGUGCUUGCAAGCAUGUUAAGGAUUUUAACCGUCGCUCUAUUUUGUUCCUUCUCCUCGGUCGAAGGACUCUGCUCGAUCCUGUCUCGUUCUUCGCGGACAGGAACGUAAGAAGGGUUGCGCGCGAGGGACCAGCAAAAUGGAUUAAAGCCGAACGAAGAGGAGGGGACCAAAGGACCCCCUUUUAUUUGGGACGCGAUUCCAAAACGUAUCGCGCGAUGUUGUCCUCGCGCCUAGUACUUUACGAGUUAUAAAAGAGACAGAUAUGGACUAUAUGGAAGGAGCAAACGCGAAGGACUGGAACAAGGUACUUACUGUCGUCGUUUGACACUUGUCGAGAAAAAACACUUUCAUGGAUCGGCAAUCGUAUUCUUCGAAGCAGAAAACGAUCGUGGAUACUUCGUGGUCCCUACGGAUUCGAGGAACGACAGUUCAUUCUCGCCUUAACGACUAUAUCUCUUUCGGAAACAUAGAAGCAGAGGAAACGAAAAGAAACGCGGUAAAACGAUCUUUAGAAAAACGUGACAUUUCUUCCAAGUAUUUGAUAGAUAUCAUUCAGAGCGUUUAACGGACAUUAGCAUCGUCUCCCUUAAAAGACACCGGGCGAUAUAACGAUACGUUUUUAAAGAUUACUCGGGUGUUUAAGAGUAGAGAACCAGUCGAGCGACACGGGCGAAACCUUUAAAACGUUUCGUAUGUUCGAGGUAACCAGUAGGUACUUGGACUAGAACGGGUAAUGGAAAAUGGUAUGCGUUCUCCUUGCAUAAUGACCGACGAUUCGCAUCGCUACGAAUAGAUUUCGAGUAUGCCGGAAAGUCUUUCGGUUAUGAUUUAACUGUUCGUGCACGCUUUCGAUAAAAUUCUCCCCUAUCUAUUCUGCAUCGAGCGUCGGUGUAAAUUUAUCGGAACGGUAUCCGCGUUAAAAAAGUUAUAAGACAAACAUCGUGGUGGCUUAACGUAAAUGUCGCUGGGCGGUUCCGAUUCGAUAAUUAGGUAACAGCGAUCGAUAAAUGUUUGGCGUGGUUGCACCACGCCGCGUCGCUCAGAAAAGGGGACUCGUGGUCCACCUGUGAUCGUUAUCGUUCCAUCUAACGAUCUCCAGCCGACAAAUGGCUACCGUGGAAAAAAGAGUUUCGGGGUCUGCGCGUGUCAUGCGCCAGAGGAAGCAAGUGCACGAGGGGUCCCCGGCGAUAAAAGUUAAAUUGCACCGACGAAUGAUUUACGUUGACCUCUUUAAUGCCAUUUAAAUCCGUGCACAAGUCGGAUACAGGAUUUUAAUUAUCUGGGGUGAAACGCGCGCUCCGUGAAGUUUAUACGAGUACGUUCAAGAUCGGCGAAGGUCAGUCAAACACGAACGUGACUAUACGCGGAAACGAGCGUUGACUCGGUAUCGUUCGUGCGAAGUGCUAGAUAAUUUACACGGUAACAAUUUUGAAAAAGUUCAAAGUUCGAUAGCGGCUAAAAUGGAUAGACGGUCUUUGUGUCGUUGAUAUUGCGCGAUACACGAUGCUUCGUCUCUUUUACGAUCGAAAUUUGUGUCAAGAGAUUCUUUACAAAACGAUUAGUAUAUCGGUUCGAACGAACGACGCGCGCGAACACGGUGCAACGUUUUAACGUGACAGAUCGCGACCAAAUUAAACUGUUCGUGACAUUACGUAUGCGAACGAUUAUAUUUUAUCUUGUCUAUCGUUAAUUUUCGUGUUUCGACUAGUAAUCUUCGCGGAAAAAAAAGAAAAAAUAAGAAGGAAGCUCGAUCGAUCGCGAUAUCAUCGGUGCAAACGAGCGCGUUAUCGAGGGUUGAUCCGUUUCCCACGGUGCGAAUCUUUUAACCGAAUUUCGGUGAUUCCUCUAAUCGCGUGAGCCGAAUGUCGAGAUAGGGUCGCAAAAAAUGACUAGAGAAUACGUUAAGGGGGAAGGUCGGUGAAAUAAACGUAGAUAGUAAUCGUCUGGUUGACGGUGCUUCGAGGACUCGUGGUUUGCGAGACCAGAUGGAGAGCACGCUAGGCGAGUUUCAGCAUAUGGGCAGGUGUAGUACACGUAACCAUUCGGUGGGUCGUAAGCGUACGUGUGCGUGCACGGUGCACAAGAGGUUGACUCGAAAGUACGCGCGUGAAAAAGUGCGCGUUACGAGGCAAGACCGCGUGCACGGCAUGGUAACAGCCUGUAUGCAAAUGAACGCAUUUUCGUACCCACUUCACGAUGCAACGCACUCGCCCCCUCCGAAGAACCGUUGAAAGCGACCGCCACCGCCGUGGUCGAUACUAUCGCUAUCGUUUACGCCGAUAUCGACUGUCCGAGAGUACGUAUACAUAUCCCACGCGGGGUAACAAUCGCUCGCGAGAGGAACUAUCUUCUCGUCCCGUGCACUCGCCGGGCGCAACAUUGACCAGUUUUCUUUCGUUUAAAGGUGAUUACGGCAUAAUGCGUAGAUAGGGAAAACACGAGAUCAUCGCCACAGAGUCCUUUUAGUUGGUAGCGAAGUACGCUGAAGUUCCGUUACUCGACUCCCUUAAAUCGUUCGUUCUUCGAAAGAGAAAGCCAACGGCGCGAACGAACGCAUCGCGAUUCGAAUCGUGAUCACGGAACGAAAUUCAAUCGUCCUAAUCGAAUCAACGAUUACGUGGACCAACGAAUUCACGGUACCGCAGGGUGGAGCGAUUUCUUCGCAUCACCGAUUUCAUUCUUCCUUUCGACUAUUUUCGCCAUAUUUUGUUUCUCACGGGGCAUAGAAAUUUCGUGAACAGUCGUUUAACCGUUCGUCGGGCCAAAGCAAGUGUUAACUCGUGAAACAGACUCAGGUGUACGGGUUUCACCUGUUUCGUUGUUUCCCGUAUGCCGUGACAGGUGCGAUCCUUUGCUUUCGUCAUCGCCUUUCCGCUAUUUCCCUCGUCCUCGUCUUUUUCUUUUCCUCCCCUUUUUUGUCAACGCCCUCGACCCGUUACGUAAUUAGAAGACGGCGUUUAUUUUCGGCAACCCGUACGAUCGACGACCGACGACUCCCCAUAUUCUUUAAAACUUUACGUAAUUUAGUACUUUACGUAAUGGUAGUUUCCUACAAUAAUACGUCCAAAAAGGGUCUCUCUCGCGUUUCGACGCCACGCGAUUCUCUUCUCCGAUCUCCUCGCUUUUUCUGUAUUAAGAGUCGUUUUACACGAUCGAAAAUGCGAUGUACACGCGAGCGAACGUUAGCAAUUUUCUCGAGGUUCGAAAGCGAAUCGAUAAAGUUUGUUGGUCGCGAAUGCAUGUACACCGACAACCAAGAGUUUUCGCUUACUUAGGGAGUUUGCUUUCUGCCUUCACAGAGAUGCUGAAGUGGACGGUUUCGAGAUCGUUGUCGGCGAGCAGCUCGACGCCCCACGGUCCGCCUAACUUGAACAAGGCGGCUCGCAGGCCUUUUCGAGACUUGUCUAACACGCCUCCCGCUGCUGGCACGAAAACUCGUAACGUACCUGCCCAAACUGCCGAGAACACCUUGGCCAGAACUACGCCGGUUCGUCGUAGAAGAUGCAGAAGUCACGGCAGCGAUCUUAGAACGUAUUUUCAGGCCACGAAGCCUAAUCUGCGGGCAAACAAGCGUCAGUCGAUGUCGCAACAGACGGACAAGUCAUCCGUCACGGAGAGCUUUUAUCAAAGCACGCCGAGGGUCGACGCCGAUAUCGGCCCAUUAACGUUUCUAGCAGCGGGCAGCAAAUGUUCCACGGCACUGACUCUGCCAACCGAUCCCGCGCUCUUUAUGAAGAGCAAAACGACCAACUUUCAGAGCGAGAACGAGCUGCCGCAGAAUAUCGUGAACGAGGCCAGGGCGAACCUUCAAUCGCACGUGUCGGACUUUUUUCAACAAAUCUCCAUGGCCACCAGCCCGGAGGACGUGAUGGAGUCCGAUUCCGUUCCGUUAUCGAACAACAGACUGUAUUCUCGAAACGCCGAGCCGAAGCCGAAUUGCGCGAAGAUCUCGUAUUUGCCGAAACUCGCUAGAAUCACUAAAAUUCACGCUCGUUGCAAAACACCGUACCACGGAAAGAGCUGUACGACCGCGAGUCCUUUCAAAGCCCACGGUCACGAUCAGACGCCUUUGGCCGGUAAACUGUCGAAUCUGGCCAUCGACCAAGAUCUACCCAAGUUCGAGAACAUGGACAACACGGUGACGGAAGUGCUCAAUAGAGAACAAGAGGUGAAUUUCAGCGGGAGAACGGUGGCCGAAAUUCUACUGGGAGACGCGGAGGAACGAAAGAAGGUGUUGAAAGGUAAUCGGGAGGAGCAGCAAAGCGAUUCUCGAAUGGAUCGCGCGUACGAGACGAUCGUGGAACGAGAAGAGAACGUCGAAGAGGAAGAGGAGGAAACGACGCUAGCUCACAACGACAGCUCCAUCUCCUCUGCUAGUCAGUUACUGGAGGAUCCGUCUCCGAUGUCCUGGGCAUUCUCCUCUCCUACGAACGAUCUGGACGGGGAAUUCACGUUGAAGAGGCAACGAGGAAUACGAAGGAAACGGCACAGGAAGGACACGGAAAAGAUUUACGACGGGAAGCGAGCAAAGCGACGCUCGUCGAGCCACAGUCCGUCCACUAGCGCAACGUUCGAGAAACGGCGCGACGUAUUGGUCGAGGCCGUGAAUCCGAACGUGAAGAAACUUGCCUUGGAGACCGAUCUGGACUCCGUUUCGGAGGAAAAACCCGCGUUCGCGGCGAAAGCGUUACUCUCGACUCUCGAGGAUCGUAAGGACGAGGACAUCGGCAGAAAGAACGGUACCUGGGAGUCGGACAGUCCGAAAUCGAGCCUCACCGACGACUUUCAAAGUUUGAAAUCGUUUUUAAACUCGAUGUCCAAUACACCGGAAACGCCGUUGGUCGCGACUGUACGUCGAUGUCUCAAGUUCAGCCCGGAAGGCGAUCUUCCGAGACCGAACUGUCAUGGAUCGAUCGAGAUCGAAUACUCCGUCGUCGGUGAACACAUACACGUUCGAGUGAUAAGGUGCAAGGAUCUGAGGAGAGCGUACGAGGGUCCUAUUCACGCGUACGUGAAAGCGAGUCUGAAGAACGCGAACGGCGAGGGAGUGGUGAAGAGGACGGCGGUGCACAGGGCCACGCCGAAUCCCGUCUUCCACGAGACCUUGAUACUGCCCUGCCCGGUGAACAACAACCACUGCAGCAGCAAGCCCACGUCCCUGGACAUCGCUGUCUGGCACAGGGAUCGUCGCGCAAGACGUAGCGAAUUGCUGGGCUGUAUGACGUUGCCUCUACCCCUGUCUCAGGAUAAGGAAGCAACAUGGCACCCUCUCGAAGCAGGAACCGGUCGAAACGCGAGCGCUCCUUAUGCAGGCUUGCCUCAAGACUGCGGAGUGUCGCCACCCUUGUGCAAGGACGGCGAAUCAGAUAAUAAUAAUUCAGGAGCGGAGGACUUGACGUAUCUGAGGCAUCUCGAAUUGGAGCCUAUCGAUCCCUUGACCGGCUUGCCUCUGCAUCCUGGUUUCACAGCCAGGGGUGGUAGGACACCGUGCACCGUCACCAGGAGAUUGAUAAGACAGACCGCGGCCAAUCAGGUUCCAUGGGGUUUCUCGUUAUCUUGGGGCAGACCACCUCGCGUGGAACGCGUGGAUCCUGCCAGCCCGGCGGAACGAUCCGGUCUCAGGCCAGGUGAUCACGUCGUCUUCGUCGACACGACGAACGUCGUGACACGGUCGAGGGAAGAGAUCCUCGGACUGAUUCAAGCCGCCACGAAUCAGCUGAUCCUCGAGAUUUAUCGCAAGGGGAACGUUCACGCGUCGAUGCAUCGGCCUAACUCGAUGAACGUUAGCCUGCACCAACCGAUCGGCGGCGGGCAGCACGCGGUCGCGUUUAACGCCGAGGUGUUUCCGAACCUCGCGCCGGACGCGCCGCCGGAAGAGGAACUGUCGGUGCGCGAGACACGAUAUUGGGGCAUCCUGAAGAGCGGACACGCUCGUUUCAUGGCGCCAUUGGCUGAGAGACGGGACGUCCUUAGCGCCGCGGAUUACCUGAUACUCUUCCAAAACCUCGACGAGCUGCUGAAACUUUCCGAAGAGAUUCGCGACGAGGGUGGCGGGGUGGAGAGCUAUCUGUGUCGGGUAGCCAGGAUCACCGCGGCCUACAGGAGAUACCUGAGCGGAUUGCAACGCGCUUGUUGUCUGUUGGUCGCUCUCAGACGAAAUACCGCUUUCGCGAAGCUGGUCUGCGAGCCAGCCGUUCCUCACAAAAGACGUCCCGAUCUGACGGGCGUUUUGCUCUUGCCUCUAGAACACUACAGAGAGAUGACGAGACUGUUAGGACUGGCGUCGCCAAGGAACUGCCAGCAAGCCAGAGAUCUAGCCCAGGGUUACAGAGAAGCGACGGCCAACGCCGGCGUGAUGGAACCUCCUCGAGAUACCGGAAGGCCUCUGCUCAGCUUGCAAGAGGUCGAAUCGCGACUCGUUUUCGCGAGGUGCAAACCGUUCACUCUGGCUAUGCCCGGCAGACAAUGGCUGUUCGGGGGCGCGCUCGCCAAGGUGGAAGGACGCGCGCGUCUGCAACCAUCUUGGGCCCUGUUGCUCACCGAUCUUCUGGUGUUUGCCCGCGUUUCGAGGGAUCGCGUUCUGUUCGUGACCGAGGAGCCUCUGCGUCUGUCGAACAUCGCCGAGGCUUGUUUCACCGUUCGCAAACGACCGACGGAAUUUCGGCUACAGGUCGCGAUUAAUCCGCCAGGGAACUCGGAGAACGGUCACCUCGAGGUGACCAACAGCGGCGGCUGCAGCCCUCACAGUCGUCCUCGAAGACGGGUUCUUGUCUUGCGAGCUCCUACUCCGGAAUUGAAGGCUGUUUGGCACAAUCUGCUACAACGGCAGAUAAUCUAUGUGAAUACAGGCUAUGGGGGAACACCGAGCCAAGACAGUCCAGAAGAGAGUCCUGUCGCCGGCAGUAAUUUUACCGCGGCUAGAGAACCGACGGAAAGUUCUCAGACCACCAGGGAAUCCCGAAAACCGGACGAGGAGAAGGAGUCCCGUUCGACGGACAGCAUCGACACGAUCAUCAAGAAUUCGAGAGAGAACAAUCAUCUGGCGCAAUGGGUGCGUAACUCUCAUCAAAUCCCUCCACCGGAUCCCGAGGAGACUCCCAUCGAGGAAUGGACGGUCGAAGAAUUGGCGGCGCGAGCUCCCAGAGAAAGCGGCAACGAAUCGAGCACGGUGCCACCGGAAGAGAACACGCAAGCGGAAGAGGUGGUCGUCGAAGUAGUGAAUUCGGAUGCGGAACAGCAAAGCACCGCUUCCAGCGCGAGCCUCAGCACCGUCAAGUCCAAUAGCGUGACGACCAAGAAGAACGGUAGCUACGCGUCUUCCAGAGAAAAUUCGACCGGUUCGAUCAACAUUUGUAGGAGGUGCCACAGAUCAGGUUGCCCUACGCCACCUUUAACCAGAGAUCCGUUCUCUCCGUUGCCUCCAAAGAUUUCGGUGGUGCCGCCUACGCCCGACUUGUGCACCAGGCACAGACUGAGAAACGGACUACACGACAGCCCCGGGAGAAACAGUCCAGGUUAUACUCCGGCCGAUGGAAACACGGAGGAUGGUAGCGAGGACGACCUCGACUGCGACGGCGAGCCGCCUUACAGAGCUCUCAGAAGAUUCGGCACGAUGAGCAGUUUAGAUCAGGACGACGAGCUCGAGGAUCAAGGGGACGACGACAAUCGAGACACCGAGUCGCCGCCCACGGGUUUAAGAGCCUGGACGGCUAGAGCGAGCAGUUACGUGGUCAGUAAAAUGGCUCUGCUCGAACAACUCGGAGAAGGAGUAGGAGGAUAUCUUCUUCAACCGCCCGUGCCUCCGGAGAGAACAGAAUUCUCCUUGGACCCGAACGACGAAGAGGGCACGACGUCUGGAGCGACCUCGGGCGACGACAUCUGGGGAACUCCGACUUCCGGUGGUCCCGACGACGAAAGUUUCACCGCUAGUUCGCCGCCGCCAAACGGUGCAGGCAACGCGGUCGCAUCCGGCGAGGACAAUUAUGGCCUGAACCUGUCGGCGGAGGAUGACGCGGACCAAGAGUCCGAGAACGAAGACUGCAAUUUACCGGAACUGAACAUGGAUCAGUUACUCGGCGGCGGAAGUCUAAGUUCGCUGAGAUGCUUCCUCGGCAGACGGCGACUAGAACCGCUCCCGGAGGAGGAAGAUUCGUCCGGAAGCGGAAAGGAUCAAGUCGGAUGGUGGUGACAACGGUUGCAAACGACGACGUCGAAGAACGUCGGCU